AUGGAGGGACAUUCUGUUACUCUACACACUCAUCUCACUCACAUACAGACAGAUGAUCUAAUUCUGUGGAUGUUUGGUGUUCAGAGUCCAGAUGAGAUUAUAGCUGAAAUCAGCAGAGAAGCCAAUAUAACACCAUUUAUUAAUGAGAGAUUGAAGAAUCAUGUAGAGAUAGAUGCUCAGACUGGAUCUCUCAUCAUCACAAACAUCACAACUCAACACACUGGACUUUACCAACUAGAGAUCAUCAGAAAUACUGUUGAAAACAAACACUUCAAUGUUACUGUGUAUGCUCGUCUGCCUGUUCCAGUCAUCUCCAGAGUCUCUUCUCAAUGUUCUUCAUCAUCUUCAUCAUCAUGUUGUUGUGUGUUGUGUUCAGUGGUGAAUGUGUCACAUGAUGUGAGCGUCUCCUGGUACAAAGGAAAGAGUUUAUUGUCCAGCAUCAGUGUGUCUGAUCUCAACAUCAGACUCUCUCUACCUCUGGAGGUGGAAUAUCAGGACACAAACACAUACAGAUGUGUGGUCAACAAUCCCAUCACAAACCACACACAACAUCUACACAUCACUCAACUCUAUGAAGUGAAGUCAGUGUCAGUGAUGGAGGGACAUUCUGUUACUCUACACACUGAUACUGAAUCUGAGGUGUGUGCCACAUUUCAAGAGCAUAUCAAGGACCAAAAUGCCCUGAAACAUUGA